UCACCUCACCACUAUACCAGCAACAGGAAGAAAUACUGCAGUAGCCUAUUUGUGUCAGUUUAACUGCUGUAUUUCGUUUGCUCUUGUUCGUGUGCACCCAAGUUGUGUUGUUUACUCUUUUACAACAAACAAAGAAGGAUAGACUCAACUUCUCCAGAUCUACGUAUCUGUGCAUGAUUUUCAACCCUGUUGCCUGCUUAUACCCAAGUGGCUGGUGGGGUUUGUGUGGGGGUGAAUGAAGCUCAGGGGCAGAUGGCCCUCAGCAUGUAGUUUAGAAAAGAAGCCAUUAGGGUUGUGUAUAUGUGAGACUGGACAAGCAGAGGAAAACAGAGGUAAGGUGAAGCGACCAGAACUAUGGGAUGCUGCAGCGUGACCCAGAGGCACAUGGGAACUGAUGAAGUGGGGCCUGAUGAGAUUGAACUGAUGGAAAUCAGCAAUGCUGGGCUCUGGAGUCUUGCUGAAAGCAGGCUGCAGAUUUCCACAAUGAAUGGCACAGAUGAAGGUCAUCAUCGUAAACUCCAGGUUUCCACAAAGGAUGACAAAGAUAAAAGUCAUCAUCUCAAGCUCAAGAUUUCCAUAAGAAAUGAUACAGAUGAAGGUCAUCAUCGCUGUCCUUCUGUGAAGCACCUGACGCAGGAGAAGUCAGAUCCUGUCUGUGCACGAGAGCUGACACAGCACUCCAAUUCACAAUUGGUGCUUUGGGGAUGGACAAAAGACGAGCUGCAUCAUAGACUGUACACUAAACCAAUCAGAGAAUGGGAAGGGCGGGCAUCACACACCUAUGGAGACAUUAUCUAUUCAUCUUCUGUGUAUUUACACAGUGGACACACAAAGGCGAUGAGUGAAAGAUAUCUGGUUUUAUUUUCCUUCCAUUUGUUAAUUCUGGCUUUGGACAGCUCUAAUCAUGAUUUUAUUUAUGAGGGCAUUCUUCCUCUUUCUGCCAUUGAGGUGCAUCUGAUCUCUCAGCAGGACCCCGGCUCACAUAUGUUUGAGAUUAGCGGACCUAUGGUGGACUCAAAGAUCUUUAUUUGUGCAAGUGCUGCAGAAACAAAAAGUUGGAUGCAGAACAUUGAGGACCGGAGACACAAAAGUCUGAGGCAGCAGCUGAGCCCCUCCCACAGUGCUCUUUCAUAUCUGAUGCCGUGUAAUGAGAGCUGGAAGAGGGAGGAGCUUAAAAGAUACUUACUGCGGUCUCCCAUCUUGCAAUGGGAAGGGACUCCCAUUCAACACAUGGGCUAUCCAAAAUAUAUUUCACUGGUGCACAUCAGCAGCGUAUACUCAAAGGAACGCAUCCUGAAAGGACCUCAGGAACGUCUGCUGGUGCUGUUUCCAUUUGACCUGCUCAUUCUGUCUGUUGACUGUCACCGUGUUCGUGUGAAAUACGAGGGCCAGUUACCACUAAAAAGCAUCAAGGCUAUGGAGAGGUCUGCUCUACCUGGCAGACUGGAAUUUGAACUCAAAGGUGAACUGAUUGAGCCUCUGCUAGUCUCUUGUACUCACCCUGAGGAUUAUCAAAGCUGGAUCUUCCAGUUGCAACAGCCUGAUAAAGUGACAGAUUCGUUGCCACAACACACCCCUCCUCUCAUACCGAAAAAGCGCAGAAGCUGAGGAAAAUGUGAAGAAUGAGAAAUGAAUAUAACUGUGACCCGAGUUUCUUUGACGCAUCACAAAUGCUCCUAUUAUUCAUUGGGACAAACAGACAAUUGUGUACUACUGUGUAUUGCAAAUUUCAGCUCGGUUUGUGAGAUUUGCAGAAAGAUCUUUAAUAGUUAGAAAACUGUUCAGAUAAUUCUGUUAGAGAAUAAUUAAUACAGUAUUACUUCAUGUACUGAAUGAGUACAUACCUCACACAUGCACACAUACUGUAAGUACAAAGCAUUGUAUGAAAUUUAUGCAGAAUGUUUAAGUGAGAUGUAAUAAAUUACUUGAAUUAGAAACGCGUGCCUGGGCUUGGAGGGCUAUCUCUUAUCGCUCAACUGCAGCAUCUUUUUACAUCUCCUGGAAACCGUUCAAGGUUCUUCGAGGUAGAUAGCCAUCACAAACACAUGAUCCUCUUUAAGGAGUUGGAAUAAAAACUGACAUUUACGGUUCAACAGCAUCUUUGAAAUAUCAAGCCUUUAGGUUCACUGUGUAGAUGUUCAGAGCCUAGGACAAAAGUGUUGUGUGUACAACAUUUUCUGCACAGGUCAUAAUUCUGCCAGGUUAUUCUUGCACUGUAAAUGUUUUUGUAAAAACAAAGCACGCAAUACUAUAUUAAUAUCCACAUUUUUUACUUCUGUUUCACCUGUGUUGUAAC